UAAACAACAAUUUAUAAGUCAAGGCUCCCACUUGCUUUAUCGUGGAAGUUUCCCACUUUUCCAAUCAAUUUUAUGAUUAUUCAAAUUAGAGCAAAGCAGCCAAAUCCAGAUCCCAACCUCUCACCCACAUUGACUUUCAAAACCCCAAUUUUUUAAUAGUUAAUUCAAUUGGAAGCUCUAAAAGCGAAUCUUUCUUCAAUCUCUAAUUUUCCGGAGACGGAAAAUGUUGAGAAAUGGAUCUCAAAAUCCCCUCCAAUGGCGGUGGCGGCGGCGGGUUCUCUUCUUCCUCUUGGUGUCUCUCCUUCUCCAGUCCUCCCAUGGCGACGUCGGCACUGCUUCCAGAUACCCUCCUCCUUAUUCCCCGACGGCGUGUUUCGGCGGCGAUUUGAGUCAGUUCCCGACGAGCAACCUGUUCGGGGCGGCCGGAGAUGGGAUUUGGGAGAACGGAGCAGCGUGUGGGAGACAGUAUUUCGUGAGGUGCUUUAGCGCGUCGGAGCCGGACGCUUGCGUGGCGGAUCAGACGGUCCAGAUUACAAUCGUCGAUCACGCGGCGAAGAUCGUGUCGACUCCGACGGCCGCCGGAACGACCAUGAUUCUGUCCACGACGGCGUACAAUUCCAUCGCCAAUUCAUCCUCUUCUGUUCAGUUCAUCACCGUCGAAUUUCAGCAGGUAUAAAUUACAAAAGCAACCAAUUCGUGGGUGAAAUUAUUGUAAGUUCUUCACUUGCUUGGCUUUUAAAUUGCGGUAUCAAUUGCAUAAUCUAUCAAUAUUGCAUGUAGCCAAAUUUAUAUAAUUAAUUAAUGAGAAAUUAAAGAUUUCCAUAUUUUUGGCAGACGUUUAUGUUUAUUUUUACAUUCUUUUGUUUGUUUUGUUUUGUGAUUGGUGUUAUAAUCUCAAGGAUUAAAUAAUGGGGUGUACAUAAAACCAAAAAUACAUAAUAAGAACUGGUUCAACUUUUUAUGCUA